CGCCAAUACGGCUGCUGAGUUUGAACUUUGUAUGCCUUUGUUUUACCGCCCUGUCAGUUUUGACAAUUAUUUAAUUUUUCAUCCUUCAUAAAUUAGUUUUUGAGCAAGAAAAAUAGAUAAUACAGUACAGUGGACAAUGUAGGUAAAUGUUUUCAUUAAAAGUGAAACUCAAUAAAUACAAGUAUAGAUCAUCAUUUAAAAUAGUUGGAGGACAAUCCUGACUACAGUGCGAUAAACACAGGCCUUAUUCAGCUAGAAUCCAAGUUUCACUAAUUUGAUAAUUAAGAGUAACUUUAUCAAAGCAGUGGUAAUCAAAAGUGCCAGUGAAGAUCAGACCCGAAAAAAUAUAAGUCAUGGCUUGCAACGAGGUUGUUUUGAAAUUUUUAGAAGAACACAAUCGUCCAUUUUCUGCAAAUGAUAUCCAGAGUGGUGUAAAAGGCGAUUUCGGAAAAUCUGCGGUUCAAAAAGCCUUGGAUUUCUUAGUUAAGAAAGAACAGGUUAGGGAGAAAGCUUAUGGAAAGCAAAAGGUAUAUUGCAUUGUUCAAGAAACGGGCGAAUCAGCAUCUAAUCUCAGAGAAAAGCUUUUAGAAAUGGACCGAUCAAUAAACGAAAUAAACAUUAAAGUGAAAGGUGUCGCCGAACAGUACAAAACCAAAUCAAAACUUAUUUCGGACGCUAAAGGAAAAAUCAGCCUUAGUUCCGCUUUGCACCAAAAGGCAAAUAUUGAACAACAAACGGAAGAAAUUAAAAAUAAACUAAACCAAUACAGCAGUAAGGAAUUGGUUUGCCCACAAAAAAAGAAUCAAGUGUUAAAGGAAUAUGAGAAAUACUUAAAAGAGACUAAAAAGAGGCGACGCAUAGGUAUGGAUAUGUUAAACGCCAUUUUGGAAAACUAUCCAAAAACGAAAAAACAUCUAUUUGAAGAUAUAGGUAUCGAAACUGAUGAGGAUGUUGGUUUUUCUUUAGAGAGGUUCCAAUAAUAUUUUAUUUUCUUUAGUUCCUUUAGGGGUUUUGAUAUAUUGUUUAAAUGUAACUACUAUUAUAUAAUACAAGAUAUGUUACCUACAUGCUUUCUUACAUUCAUCACAUAUAUGUAAUAUAAUUUCAUACGCAAUA